GCGGAAGCGGAAGCGCGGAGGGGGUGGCCCGAGGCGGCGUUAGGGUUCCAUCGACAACGCCGUCACUGGCAUUAUCCUUUCCUUUGGUUUCGCACUCCCAUCACCCACCCACCGCUAACUCUCUCGAGCUAAAACCCUUGCUCUCCCCGCCCGCCCAUUUCCCUUUCCCCUUAGGCGACGCUGCUUCUCCGGCGGAUCGGAUUGGCGAUCCAUCAUCGCCGGCGGAUCGCACCCGCCUACAAGGCUUUGUUGCGGGAUCGGAUCGGAUUAGCGAUCGAUCUGUCGCGUAGGCCUGCUUGCUUUGCUUUAUUUCCCAUCCCAUGGAGGUGGAGAUGGAGGUGGAGAUGGGGACGGAUCCCAAUCCCAAUCCCAAUCCCAAUCCUAACACUUCCCCCUCGGCCGCCGACGACGCCGCCACCGCCUCAGGCGAGGCCAAGGCCUGCGCCGACUGCCACACCACCAAGACGCCGCUCUGGCGCGGAGGACCCGAGGGACCCAAGUCGCUCUGCAACGCCUGCGGCAUCCGCUACCGCAAGAGGAGGAGGCAGGCGCUCGGUCUCGACGCCGCGGCCGCCGACUCACAGCAAGAUCAGCAGCAGCCGAAGAAGAAGGCCACCGCCGAUCCGCAGCAGCAGGAUCAGCAUCACCUGAGAAAGAAGGCCGCCGAUCCACAGCAGCAGGAUCAGCAUCACCUGAGAAAGAAGGCAGCUGCCGCUGCCACCACCGAUCCACAGCAGCAGGAUAGAAAGAAGGCCGCUGCCGCCAGCAGCACCAACAAGAAAGACAAAGAUAAGGAGGACAACAAGAAGAAGAAGGAUCAGCAAGUCACCGUGGAGCUCCGCGUGGUGGGGUUCGGCAAGGAGGUGAUGCUCAAGCAGCGCCGCCGGAUGCGCCGCAAGAAGUGCAUGAGCGAGGAGGAGAGGGCCGCCGUCCUCCUUAUGGCGCUCUCAUCGGGCGUCAUCUACGCCUCAUGAGGAGGCAAUGAUGAUCCCUCCUCCUGAUUCCUUCAGUUGCAGAUGGAAAUAUAGAUCUGCCCCCUCUUCUGCUAGAGCGUAAAGCAGAGUAGUAGCCUUCCAUUCCAUUCCCCAUUUUUUCCCCCCCACUGCUUCCUAUCCCUAUCUUCCUCUUCCUCCUAGCUAGGUCAUCCAUCAGUAGUAGUUCUUCUAAUAGCUAGACUCUCGUCAAUCAAUCUCUCUCUUGACUCAUCAGUCAAUCUCUCUCUCUCUCUCUCAGGUUUUUCGGAGUUAGUAGUAGCAGUAGCCAUGCUGAACAAGACUCAUCCCCUGCUAAUAAUCCAUUCAAUCUUGUGAUGAUGCACUUGCUCAGCUGUAGUGUAGUAUAAUGUAAUGUAAUGUAAUGCAGUUAUGCGAUGCAAUGUUACCUGACUGGGAAUGCUGGUGUUCUAGCUCCUAGGAGCAUCACAUCAACUUGCUAAUUAAUCUCCAGUUGCUGCAACGUCGUCUCUUUGUUGCAACGGACAGACAAUGAGGCCUUAUUCAUUUGUGUAGUUACCGCUGCAUGGUUGUUUUGCUUCUGAUGUUGACCUUGCAUCGAUUUGGCAACUGCAGUAAUGCAGCAUCAUAUCAUAUACUCGCUGUGGGAUUCCACUGAA